UGUGUGUCCGUGUGCGUCCCUGAUCGGGAGGGAAUGUCCCGACCGUGGCAGGGCCAGCGAGCACUGCCCUGGCCCUGCCCAGCCCAGAGCAGCAGCUGCCCAGGCUCACAAGCAGCCCGAGUGCAGCUGGCUGGGGCCGGCAGCUGCCCGCUGCAGGUGUGCGCAGGGCGGAUCCGCUUCCCGCGCGGUGCCGCUGGUGUGUGCGAUGGGACACGGCUGUCUCUUGUCGCCGGCCGUGCCCAAGGUGCUCGUGUCGCUCGUAGUGCCGGUGCCGUGAGAGGCGGGGCUGAGCCCCGGGGCGGAGCUGGCGGCGGCCCAGAGGAGGCGGCACGGCCGCAGCAGAGCCGGGGCUCAGGGGCACAGCGAGGCUCGGCCGGCGGAGCGGCGCCAUGCGGCGGGCUCGGGCCGCGGGGCUGCCGGCGCUGGCCGCGCUGCUGCUCGUGGCUUUGGCCAGAGCCCAGGUGCAGCAGGAGCCGUUCCUGGAGACCACCGAGGGCACCGACAUCAACAUCACCUGCUCACAUCCCCAAAAAGUGAGCGGCGAUUUCAUCCAUUUCUACCGUCAGCUGCCGGGUCGAGCACCCGAAUUCCUCGCCUUCGCUGCUAGAGGCUCCAAGGAUGUGGCGGGCAUUGCAGGAACGCUGUCGGUGUCGGAGGACGGGCGCUCCAGCGCGCUGUGGCUGGCUGUGCCCCGGCGCGGGGACGCGGCCGUGUAUUACUGCGCGCUGGGGGCCACGGGCAGAGGAGCCGGGGCUGCGGCCGGGCACGAACCGCCGCGGGCGGGGCCGGGCGGGGCCAGCAGGGGCCGCUGCCGCUCCGCCCGCCGGGCUCCCGGGGCGCGGCUCCGCAGCUCCUUCCUCUGCCCCGAGCCCGCCCGCACCGGCCCCGCACGGCCCCGCACGGCCCCGGCGCGCCGCACAACCCGCCUGCGACCCGCGCUCGCACGCUCGCCACGCACCGCCCGGCCUCCCCUCGCUCCCGAGCCCGCCGCUGCCUCACGCCAAACUGCUGCGGGCUGCGCCUCUGCCGCCGCCUCUCGCCCUCCGGACACGGCUGCUGCUGCUCUCGGCCUGCUUUGCAAAGCCACGAGCUGCUCCUUGACAGCACCUGGGCUGGGAGCCGGCAAAGCAGCUGCGCUGACGGGCACACGGGGGCUAAAUAAUGCAGUGCUGUCGCGUCAAGGGGUCAUGGAUUGAGAGAAGUUUUCAGUGAGGCUUUCUGAGGUGACCGAGGAAUGUCCACCUCUGUCUCUGCAGAAAUGUCUCUGUUCCAUACUGCAAGAGGAAUAAGAAGCAGCAUUCUCCCAGGGAUGGGUAAAGAACUUGUUAAUUGAAUCCCACCAGAGCCUGGAAUUCACUUCUCUACAUUUUUUUCCCCUCCCCAAAUGUCCACAAACACCCAUGGAUGUGCAUUCAGCAUCUUUCUGAAACAGUAGAACAUUGGGAAGGGAAAACGAUCAAUCAGUGUGAGUACAGGAGCGUUUCAAAUCUGCCGAGGAGCCUAUGACACCCACCUUCCCACCAAACCUGAUUGGUCCCUUUCCUUCCACAUCAGUAACAUCUCACUUAUCCAGAAAAUCAAACGCCAGGGAUUAGCAAUGCUAAAAGUAGUGGAGGGAGACACUUGAAGGACUGAGCUCCACAUGAGGUUUCUCCCCCGAGACUUGCUCUGGAGACCCCAUUGCCUUUGGGGACAGGAGCCUUUCAGCAUCUUCAGGAGCUCUUUGGGCUGAGCAAGUUCAGCAGAGGCCACAGUCAGGGCACAUGAAAGGCGACAGUGUCUGGUUCUCUGGGGCUCACAUCACCUCCAUUUUCCUUUCCGAGGGAAGAACAGGGGAAAGGGAAAGUGAUGAACAAAGCACUCAGUGACACCAAUCGGGCCGUAGGUGAUAAGGGGAAAAAGAGAGAGCUCAGAGCUCUGCAGCCUCGAAUUGAUGGGCCUUCGGGGAACUGCUGAGAAUUGGCUCAGGCUGAGCUGUGUCAG